AUGAUGAAUGGGCGGGCCGUUAGGUCCGUUCUUAUCCGAAACAAUAAUCGACAAGAAAACGGGUCCGUUGAUCAUGUAAGUUUGACCUUUUUCAUUUUUUUUUUCAAAGUCAGAUUCAAUAAUCCUAAUGUAUCAUUUUUAUUUAUUCUAUUCUUAUGGAUUCAUAUAAAGAAAAACAGUGGUCUCAUAUAUUAUUUAUAAAAGGCUCCCUCGCCUCUUGAUUUUCUGAACCUCAAAAAAUAAAUGAAUAAAAUAUUUGCCUCAAAGAAUAUCAUUUUUCUAGGUUCCAAGAUCAAUUCAAUUCGACGAAAGUUCUGAAGAAUAUCGCUGCCUUUGCAAUUGUUUCCACGUCAAAACAGCUGCUUUUAUCAUUGGAUGUGUGCAUAUUCUGAUGAUUCUAUUCUUCCUGAUUUAUAGUCUUUUUGUCUAUUUUCAACACGACGGAAGGUUACAACAUGUUAGUUGUUCACAUCUUUUUCUUGUUGAUAAAUUCAAUUUGUUUCAGGCGCGUGGUGUGAAGGAAAACUAUGUUUUUGGCUCAUUUUUAGCUGAAAUGAUUGGACUAGGAUUGGGACUUUUUGCAGUUUUUCUAUUAUUUAUAGCGUUAUCUAGGAAUUCUGCAUUAUUAGUUAUACCUCAUAUUGUCAUGCAGGUAAGAAACUUGUUUUUGAAUUUUGAACUUCAAAAAUAUUUAUAUUUCCAGGUCAUCGCAAUAAUAGCCUUCAUCCUUGUGCUGAUAUCUGGAAUCAUCGCAUUGAGCACCGAUUCAGCAGUGUUUUAUCGAUUUUUGAACGCUGCUCCAUUUAUUGAGCACCCGAAUAAUAAUACGGUUGCGUUGGAUACAGGUGAGUAUAUGAAUUAUGCAAGAACAUAGGAAACGAAUGAACAUUUUUAAUUAAAAGGGGAGGAAAACGCGUCAAUGAGGGUGUAAUUACGGAUGGUGGUUGGACGGGGAUUUUAGAGGGUGUCAGGAGGAAAAAUGAGGAAAUGAGAAAAAUUUGGCAGGAGGGAGAAGGGGGAUUGGAAUAUCCUGGUAAUUGUUUCGAGUUGUUGCAAACUGCUGCAAAGUGGAGGGGAAGAAGUUAUUGCAAAUUGAAUUGAAAUUCAGGAGAAUUUGACGAGGGUGUAGAUUUAGUUUUAAAAAAAUAUUGAUUGCAGAAUCGAUUUAAAAUUAAUUCUCAAAUUGACAUAAAUAUGUUAAAUAUAAAAUUUACUUGAAAUUUUUCACAAUUUUUCAACUUACGAAGUUCUAACCAAUUGUGUGAAAAAAGGCAUGAGUGAAAAAAAAGUAGAUCAGAAAAAGUAUUGAAUAAAAUUCAUGCCCGCGAACUUUAAAAAAUAGUUUCAUUUUAAAAUAAAAAUUGUAGUAUUUUCAAAUAAGAAUCCGGAAUAUUGUUUUUUGAAUGUAUCCCUCUAUCUUUUAAAUGUAAUCUGGGCCACCCUACCCUAAAAAAUUAUCGAAGAACAAAAUUUUUAAUUCACGAAAAGUCUAAUCACCAUAAAAUUUUACUUCCAGGUACAAUGAUUCGAAUCUACUCAAUGCUUUUCAUCUACGCCUUUUCAUUAGCUCUAGAAUUCUGGUUUAUUCUAGUUAUCUACAAUUGUAAUCGAUAUUUAGACGAGCGAAGUGCAUAUAUGAAAUAUUGUUUAGCGUUUUCAACACCCAUGAAAACAUUGUCAGCAAGAUAG